AUGAAUCUCGAUGACUUUGACAGGCAGUUGCUAGCCGAAGUCGAGCAGGCAUCCUCUCCGACCGUCGCGGCACUGCAGUCCAGGAAGAGGUAUCUGCAGGGCAACGGAAGCGAAGAGCAGAUAAAGAGACGGAAGACACAAGCACAAGCUCGAGACCAAGUCCCUGCUCCUUCGUUCAAUCUCCGCCAUGCACCGCCCAUGGCUCGUGGCAUCCAACUGGUCUGCACAUCGCAAAUGCCGGAUCGAGUCAGUGCCAUCUUUCCUUACGAGAUCCUCAACGCGGUCCAGUCGAAAUGCUUUCCUGUUGCAUUUGAGUCCAACGACAAUUUGGUGGUAUCCGCCCCAACCGGCAGCGGCAAAACUGUAGUCAUGGAGCUCGCAAUCUGUCGCCUGGUCAUGGAGACCAGGAAUGCCGAUUUCAAGGUCAUCUACCAAGCUCCAACCAAGAGUCUGUGCAGCGAACGCUAUCAUGAUUGGUCGAAGAAGUUCAAGCUACUCGGUCUCGAUGUCGCAGAGCUGACAGGAGACACCAGUAAUGACCAUCUUCGACAGGUUCAGCAGGCCAGAAUCAUCAUCACCACACCAGAAAAAUGGGACAGCAUCACACGCAAGUGGCGAGACAAUCGCCGUCUCCUCGAUAUGAUCAAGCUCUUCCUCGUCGACGAGGUGCAUAUCCUGAAGGAUUCACGUGGAGCCACACUCGAGGCUGUUGUUUCGAGGAUGAAGUCCAUCGGCACACAAGUACGUUUCAUUGCCCUAUCGGCGACUGUGCCAAACUCCGAAGACAUUGCUGCAUGGCUAGGGAAGAGCCCAGAGCAGUCAACGCAGCCGGCUCGUAUCGAAGUCUUUGACGAAAGCUUCCGACCUGUCCGACUCGAGAAGCAUGUCUAUGGCUUCCAAUACGGUAACAACGAUUUUAGCUUGGACAAUCACCUGCGGAAGCAAGUGCCAGACAUGAUCAUCAAACAUUCCAAGAAGAAGGCCACCAUGGUGUUCUGCAUGACCCGCAAGUCGGCUUUGCAGACGGCUCAGACUCUAGCUGAAGCAUGGCGAAAUUCAGAGCGUCAUCAGUUGCCAUGGCCAGCUCCGAGACAAAUCAUCGUUGUUGGGGAUACUGUGCUUCGAGAUACUGUGCAGGCCGGCGUAGCAUUCCAUCAUGGGGGUUUGUCGGUUGAAGAUCGUCACGCUGUCGAGCAAGGCUUUCUACAAGGCUUCAUCACUGUCAUUUGCAGCACCUCGACACUUGCUGUGGGCGUCAAUCUACCUUGCUACCUGGUUGUCCUUCAGGGUACUACAACAUGGGCUACUAAUGCCAUGCAGAGCUACUCGGAUCUCGAGGUCAUGCAAAUGCUUGGUCGCGCUGGAAGACCGCAAUUCGAGCAAUCGGCAUGUGCUGUCAUUCUGACCCGCGAGCAGCACGUCAGUCGGUAUCAGAAGAUGGUCUCGGGACAGGAGCUAUUAGAAAGUACACUUCAUCUCAACCUUGUCGAGCAUCUGAACGCGGAGAUUGGCCUUGGGACGAUCAGAAGCAUGGCUCUGGCUCAGAAGUGGCUCGCAAGCACGUUUCUGCGUGUCCGCGUUAUGAGAAACCCAGGACAUUAUCAGCUCGAAGAGACGAACAGCCACGUCGGCACAGAUGAGAUGCUGCAGCAGUGGUGUGAAAAGGACAUCCAAGCCCUAUUGCACGCGAACAUGGUGGAAGACAGCGGCCGCCUAAAGUGCACCGAACUGGGCGAUGCGAUGGCCAAGUACUACGUCAAUUUCGAUACCAUGAAGAUCUUUACAGCUAUCCCGCCCAAGGCCAAGCUUCGCGAGAUUCUGUCCGCAUUGACGCGCGCAGCUGAGUUUUCCGAAAUGCGUCUCCGAAGCGGCGAGAAGUCGUACUACAAGGAACUCAACAAGAAGAGUGAGAUCAUGUUCCCUGUGAAUGUCGACAUCGCUUUGCCGGAACACAAGGUAUCAAUCAUUCUGCAGGCCGAGCUUGGUGGGGCUUCUCAGCCUGACGGCGAGAACUUCCGGAAGCACCAUCAGCAGCACAGUACGGAGAGAUUGGUCAUUUUCAGUCACGCCAAUCGUCUGAUCCGGUGCAUCAUCGAUUGUCAGAUAUACAUGAAGGACUCUGUGUCGGUCCGUAACGCACUCGAGCUUGGGCGAUGUAUCGCUGCAAAGGUAUGGGAUAGCACCCCUCGACAAUUGAAGCAAGUACCUGAGAUUGGCGAUGUAUUGUGUAGGAAGCUGGCUUCGCAAGGGAUCAACAGCAUUGAGAAGCUCCUUGCCAAGGAAGCCUAUCAGAUCGAGAUGGCUGUGGGAAAGACACAGCCUUUUGGAACCAGACUUCUUGCUAAGCUGCAGUCUUAUCCACGUUUGCGCGUCUCCAUCAAGGAGAUGGGCAGAGAGAUCAAACGAGGUCAUGGAGCCACUUUGAGACUCAGAGUGGAUGUGGGCUUCCUGAACACGAAGACUCCAACGUAUUUCCACAAGACGCCUGUGUACGUCUGUUUUGUCGUCGAAGACUCGAAUGGCAACCUGCUCGACUUCCGCCGCUUCUCGGCCGGCAAGCUUGAAUCGGAACCGAUUUUGCUGAGCGCAGUCGCUGAGCAACCACUUACGCACGUCGGAUGUUCUGUCAUGUGCGAUGAGAUCGUGGGCACAGCCAUGCAUGCCGAGCUGAAAGUCAGUGGUAUCCCGGACGCUGUCUUUCCAGCCGGAAUAAAGAGCAGGCCCGGUCCGAGGGACGUGGAUCAUCCAGCUAUUCAGAAAGCAUCUCAGGUAGCGACCGCGUUCGACGAUGACGACAUAGAGGAUGCAGACCUUCUGGCGGCUACCGAGCCUCAGUAA